AUGCUGGACCCUCUUGGGCCUCCUCCAGCAUGGCUGCGAGAGUUCACCAAACCCUAUGCGUUAUCGCUAGAUAGCCCGACCCUCACGGAGCACGUCCACGAAAUCUUUUUGGCCUUCGCUUUCUACCAGUUUAUCCACUCGGUGCUCUCGCCGCUUCUGUCGCCGAUCCUCUUCCCGAAUUCCUAUCCGAAAUUGUCUGCCCGCACCAAGUUAAAUUGGGAUAUUCAUGUCGUUUCCUUUGUGCAGAGUGUUGCUAUCAAUGCUCUCGCACUAUGGGUCAUGUUUGUCGAUGAUGAGCGCAACUCGAUGAAUUCCCUGGAGCGCGUUUUCGGAUACACGGGUGCCUGCGGCUUGAUCCAAGCACUGGCCGUCGGAUAUUUUAUCUACGAUCUGAUCGUCAGUACGAUCUACGUGAAAAUGUUUGGCAUCGGCACGCUCUUCCACGCCGUCAGUGCUCUUUGGGUAUUCAGUCUUGGAUUCAAACCAUUCCUCAACUAUUAUGCCUCGACAUUCAUUCUUUAUGAACUCUCGACCCCAUUCCUCAAUAUUCACUGGUUCCUUGACAAAGUCAACAUGACCGGCAGCAAGGCUCAAUGGUACAACGGCAUGGCUCUUCUGGGCGUAUUCUUCUCCUGCCGUCUUAUCUGGGGAACCUGGCAAUCCGUUGUCGUGUACAGCGACAUGUGGACCGCUCUUCAGCACACUUGGAAGGGCUCCUCUGGCCCGCUAACAGAACCGAUCGAUAUCAUGGCCAAUGUCUUCCAGCUAACCCGCGAUGGCAACAUGUGUGUUGACGAAACCUGCGCACGUGCCAAUGCCCAGAUCUCUCAGUUCAAGGAAUACACCUCUGCAGGUGUUCCGACAUGGCUGGUCUCAACGUACGUUGUAUCGAACCUGAUCCUGAACUUCCUGAACUACUUCUGGUUCUUCAAGAUGGUCGAGACGGUUCUCAAGAGAUUCCGCACGCCCGAGGCUUCGAAGGAAAAGACCGAAGCUUCUGGCGAGAAGAAGGGCCAGUCUGCCAAGUCACAGGAUCUCACGCCGGAUCUUAUUCUCCAGGCGGCUGCUGAACUGGAGCAGGCAGAGGGUUCUCCCAUGCGUGAGCAGGCUUCCUCUAGAGAUGUGCAUGCUGGUACAAAUGAGGAGUUGAGAAAGCGGAGGGUGGACCUUGUGUCCAAGGUUCCUCUACCUGGAUCAUAG